CAAGAUCUAGUCAGACAGGUGGAGCCGCCAGGGCAGGAGUCUCAAAGAGCCAGGCUCCUGGAGUGGAAGAGAGAGAGAGAGGCAGAACUUGCCGGUGAAAAGAGGGGAGGAGAGAGGCUGGAGGUGAAGCACUGGAAGAAGGCAGAAGGCUGGAGAGUCCUUAGCCAGGAUGGAGGCUGUUGUGAACUUGUACCAGGAAUUGAUGAAGCGUGCAGAUCCCCGGAUCCAAAACUACCCUCUGAUGGGAUCCCCCUUGCUAAUAACAUCCAUCCUUCUGACCUAUGUGUACUUCGUCCUAUCACUUGGGCCUCGAAUCAUGGCUAAUCGGAAGCCUUUCCAACUUCGAGGCUUCAUGAUUGUCUACAAUUUCUCACUGGUGACACUCUCCCUCUACAUUGUCUAUGAGUUCCUCAUGUCUGGCUGGCUGAGUACGUACACCUGGCGCUGUGACCCUGUAGACUUUUCCAAUAACCCUGAAGCACUUCGGAUGGUUCGAGUGGCCUGGCUCUUCAUGCUUUCCAAGGUCAUUGAACUCAUGGACACAGUGAUAUUUAUUCUCCGGAAGAAGGAUGGGCAAGUAACCUUCCUCCAUGUCUUCCACCACUCAGUGCUUCCCUGGAGCUGGUGGUGGGGGAUAAAGAUUGCUCCAGGAGGAAUGGGCUCUUUCCACGCCAUGAUAAACUCCUCUGUACACGUCGUCAUGUACCUCUACUACGGAUUGUCUGCUCUGGGCCCUGUGGCUCAGCCCUACCUUUGGUGGAAGAAACAUAUGACCGCCAUUCAGCUGAUCCAGUUCGUCCUGGUCUCACUGCACAUCAGCCAAUACUACUUCAUGCCCAGCUGCAACUACCAGUAUCCUAUCAUCAUCCACCUCAUCUGGAUGUACGGCACCAUCUUCUUCAUACUGUUCUCCAACUUCUGGUAUCACUCUUACACCAAGGGGAAGCGGCUGCCCCGUGCAGUUCAGCAAAAUGGAGCUGCAGCGUCCAUGAAGGUCAAGGCCAACUAGCACCAGGGCCUAGACGGUGCCCACCUAAGUGCCUCGGGACUGCAGCUGGGCAGCACCCACAAGUAUCCUCUCCACCUACACCCAUGACCAGGACUCUUGUGGUCAGGACUGAAUAGGCGGAUUGGCUCUCUUCCCCACAGCUGGUCUACAGGGACCACUGUCCCCAUUCCUUCUCCCAGCCAGUUCCAGGGAUGUGGCCUCAUGCUGUCUGCCACCAGAACUGGAGGCUGGAAAGGGCUGGACACUUACUACCCACUCCUUGCCUUAAAAACUCGGGAGAAGAACACUCAGGGCUGGCCCGCGCCCGGGCCUUGUGGCCUUUCUCCUCACACUGAAGAGGUCAGCAAUAAUCUGUCACUGUGGACUCAGGCUCCCUUUUCACUCCUCAUGGAAGCAUGAGCUUCUGGGCCAAAGGUCAGGAUGGGCAGGCCACAGGCCUGGCAGUGCAGGCUGUGCACUCAACUGUGUCUUAAUUAAAGUGACAGGAAACCAC